AUGGAAGCAACUCAACAAACAGAAAGAAAGAGUAUGAAUAAGAGUCUCGCCUUUGCAAGUGCCAGCCAUAAUGUGCGUGCUUCUCUAGCCGGCGUAACUGGCUUGAUAGCGAUAUGUCACAAUCAAGUCUCUCCCGGAUCCGAGUUGGAGACAAACUUAACACCAAUGGUAGCCUGCACAAAGGAUCUUCUGGGUAUACUGAAUUCUAUUCUUGAUACAAGCAAGAUUGAAGCUGGCAAGAUGCUACUUGAAGAAGAAGUAUUUGACUUGGCACUGCUACUUGAAGAUGUAGUUGAUUUAUAUCAUCCUCUUGGUAUGAAAAAGGGUGUAGAUGUGGUGUUGGACCCCUAUGAUGGCUCUAUUACAAAACUUUCUCAUGUUAAAGGCGAUCGGGGAAAACUGAAACAGAUAUUAUGUAACUUACUGAGCAAUGCUGUCAAAUUUACCCCUGAGGGACAUGUUUCUGUUCGAGCUUGGGCAAGGAAACCUAGGUUUGAAAAUUCGAUACUCGCUUCUAAUCAAAACAAUUCAAUAGGAUGCAUAUCAUGCUUCUGCUUUAAGAACGAUAAAUCAUACAAUGACUUGGAAGCCAUGAACAACACACUCCAACAAGAUCCCAAACACAUGGAAUUUGCAUUUGAGGUAAAUGACAAAGAAAAGGGAAUUCCUAAAGAGAAGCAAAAAUCCGUUUUUGAAAACUAUGUUCAGGUCAAAGAGACGGCUCCUGGACAAGCAGGCACUGGUUUAGGGCUUGGUAUUGUUCAAUCUCUGAUACGUUUAAUGGGUGGAGAGAUAGGAAUUCUGAACAAGGAAGUUGGAGAAAAGGGAACUUGCUUUAAGUUCAACACCUUCCUCACUGUAUGUGAGACCGACACAAGUGGUAAUGAAAGCGAAGAUGACAAUGAGUCUCAUGGUGGCUACAUAUCCAGUGACUCAUAUCAACAUUCAGGGCCAAAUAAACCAAGUGCUCAAAGCAUUAAUGCCCAGGGCCUUGAUAAGGACAAGCUACCUCCUACAGAUCUGAUCAUAUCUAAGCCAUUUCAUUGUUCUCGUUUGUAUCAAGUGAUCAAUCUUCUACCAGAGUUUGGGGGAAUAACGCCCGCGACGCCACCAAAAAUAGAAGGAGAAAACACAAACCAUUCUGGCAAAGUUCCCACAAAAUCCAGUACUUCAGCAAGUAAGACUCACCUGAUGCCGAGAUUAAGAUAUUCUCGGGCUCAAAACCUCCCAACACAUCAAGGGGAAAUAAAAGAACUUGGCGACCCAAGCACUAAUAAACCUGAUGUAGAUCGUAUUAGAGAAGAAUUAAGGAUGAGAAGGGAAGAAGAAAGGGAUGAGAAAAGAAUAAGAGAAUGA